UGAUAUCUUCACACCCAGGGUCCAGUGGAGAAUUGCUAAAUACAAAUAUUUAAUAAAAAUAUCUCUAUGGCGGCUCUUGAAAUCUAAAAUUAUUGGACUCUUGAGACUUUUCGAACGUCAAGAAAAAAGAUGGGAUGUAACUGCAGUUCGGAUUAUUCAGACAGUGACUGGAUUGAGAACUUGGAUGAAAUCUGUGAGAACUGUAACUGCCCCAUUCCUCCCCAGUCAAGCAAUCCAUACACAGAUCAGCUGAUUCUGUACCCAUCACAGCAUUCACCUCCUACGUCACCUUUACCAGACAGCCUUGCGGUGGCCAAAUACAGCUAUGUACCCCGGCAUAAUGAUGACCUGGGCUUUGAGAAGGGAGACAAACUCAAGAUCAUCAACAAAAAUGAUCCAGAGUGGUAUUUGGCAGAGUCUCUCACCACAGGCCAGCGGGGAUACAUCCCUUACAACUUCGUUGCUAUGACUACAGUGGAGACUGAAUCGUGGUUCUUUAAGAACAUUUCUAGAAAUGAAGCCAUGAGGAUCCUCCUUGCUCCUGGGAAUACGCAGGGCUCAUUCCUGAUUCGAGAGAGUGAGACAGCCCCAGGGUCAUACUCCUUAUCAGUCAGGGACUUGGAUCAUAACACAGGUGAAGGAGUCAAGCACUACAGGAUCCGCAACAUGGACAAUGGUGGCUUCUACAUCACAGCCAAGAUAUCCUUUAGCUCACUGAAGGAGCUUGUCCAGCAUCACUCACGUGAGGCAGACGGGUUGUGCACAAAGCUGAUGAAGCCGUGUCAGUCAAGAAUGCCGCAGAAGCCUUGGUGGCAGGAUGAGUGGGAGAUUCCCCGAGAGUCCUUGAAACUAGUGCAAAGACUUGGAGCUGGACAAUUUGGAGAAGUGUGGAUGGGUGUCUACAAUAAUGACAGGAAGGUGGCAAUCAAGAGUCUGAAAAUGGGCACAAUGUCAAUGGAAGCCUUCCUGGCAGAGGCCAAUAUGAUGAAGAACUUGCAGCACCCUCAUCUUGUCCGCCUCUUUGCUGUGGUUACCGAGGAACCAAUCAAUAUAAUCACCGAGUACAUGGAAAAUGGUAGCCUGGUGGAUUACCUAAAAACAACAGAGGGAAGCAAUUUGACCAUGAACAUUUUGAUAGACAUGGCAUCGCAGGUGAGUGAUGGCAUGGCCUUUAUUGAGGAGAAAAAUUACAUACAUCGAGACCUGCGAGCUGCCAAUAUUCUGGUGUCCCAUGAACUCAUCUGUAAGAUUGCUGACUUUGGUCUUGCAAGGCUGAUUGAGGACAAUGAAUACACAGCUAGAGAAGGUGCAAAGUUCCCAAUUAAGUGGACCGCCCCAGAAGCUAUUAACUAUGGCACCUUCUCCAUAAAAUCAGAUGUAUGGUCAUUUGGGAUCCUUCUCACAGAAAUAGUGACAUAUGGACGCAUACCUUACCCUGGUAUGUCCAACCCAGAGGUAAUCCAGAAUCUGGAGUGGGGCUACAGAAUGCCGAAGCCAGAAAAUUGCCCCGAUGAACUUUAUGAUGUCAUGAAAAUGUGCUGGAAGGAUGAGGCUUCGGAGAGGCCCACCUUUGAGUACCUGAGGAGCGUUCUGGGGGAUUUCAACACUGCCACAGAGAGUCAGUAUCAGGAAUAAACUUGAUGGGGCAGAAAGACAUACAGAUAAACAAUAAAUAUACUCAAACUAGCAGCAUAGCCUCUGAACCUGGAUGUUGGGUUUUGUUUUGUUUAUUAAAAAGCACAGGUACUGAUAUUCCAAAUAAGAGUACUUUGUUUUCACACCAUACUUAUUCUGAAAUGGCCUUGUAGAUAUGAUACAAUCACAUAUGGACUAUGAUCCUAAAACUGGAUCACUGAAGAGCCAACAACAGGAGGAGAGUGAUCACUGUGCUGCUUCAAUAAACUGGGGACUGGGAAGUAAGGAGCUGCUCUCCUGGUGCUUGUUAUUAAGAUGUAAAUACUGUCAAACUGCUUCAGCUGUGUUUCACCUCUGAAGUUUAAUAAAUGUUUUCAAGUCGUUUUUCUUACAGUAAAACGACUUACAUGGAUGUUGUUUGUUGUUAAAGUAAAUUUAAUCCAUACAUAAA